AUGAAGUCGGGGCUGCUCCUGCUACUGCUGCUGCUGCCGCCCCCGGGCCCGCCCGGCCACUGCCGGCUGGCCUCGGGGCACAGCCUGCCAGGUGAGCCCCGGCCCCCCGGCCGGGGUGCGCUGGGUGGGCCACCUGCCGCAGAGCCCGCGGCCGAGCGGGCCUCCGGGGGGGGAAGUACGGCGAGUGCCCCCCCACCCAGCGGGACCCCCCUGAAGUCCUGCGACAGCUUCUGCUCCUCGGAUGGCGACUGCCCGGGCAGCGAGCGCUGCUGCAGCACCGGCUGCGGGCGGGAGUGCCGGCUGCCCGCUGGAGCCAAGAGGGGCUCCUGCCCGCGGCCCAAGCCCGGCCUGGUGACCAUCUGCCUGGUGGAGUGUGGCAGCGACAGCGAGUGCAGAGGCAGCGGGAAGUGCUGCAGCAUGGGCUGCCAUGUCCGCUGCACGCAGCCGGUGCCAGCCAAACCGGGCGUCUGCCCCAAGAGGAGGGUGCUGCACACCUUCGCCCCCUGCAACAGCUCCUGCAGUGACGACACCGAUUGUCCCCACCGUGAGAAGUGCUGCUUCACUGGCUGCGGCCGCGGCUGCCUUCCUCCGGACAAACGUAUCACAGCCCGGCACCUGCCCGCUGGCUGGGACCACCUCCUGGGUCCUGCUGCCUCCAAAGGCCCUGUGUCCUCAGGUGACAUCUGUCAUCUCCCGCCUGUGCGUGGCCCAUGCAGGGGACUCUUCCAUCACUAUGCCUACAACCCUGCCACAGGGACCUGCCAGCCAUUCAUCUACAGUGGCUGUGGGGGGAAUGCCAACAACUUCAGGACGGUGGAGGAGUGCCAGCAAGUCUGCCAGCAAGUCUGCCAGCAACUGGGGAGAGCCAAAGAGUGACACCACGGAGGAGAAAGCAGUGGGGCUGGCAGCCCCGGGGGCCAGGGUCUGGAGUGCCACUCUGCUCCAUACAAUAAAGCUGCCAGGAUGCCUGGCUUGCAGCA